GACGUGCUGGCGCUGGUGCAGGUGACGCGGUGCUUCUGCUGGCAGCUGAGGGAUUGGGAGAAGUGCAGCCAGCUCGACGACCUUUACGAGACGGUCGAGGCGCGCAUCGCGCUUGCGAAGAGGGAGAAGGAGUGGCUGAUGCAGGGCGUAGACGCGACGCCACUGCGGCCGAUGCCGCCUACAAGAACGAGUGCGACGUGGCCGAAGGUCGCGCAAUAGGCUGUGGGUAUGUCAAUGAAUGGUAUCUACAUAACGUGGUUGGAGCGGAAGAACACCAUGUGCCGUUUAGGGCUCGGAUGGGACUUUUUGGGCGAACAGUUUGUUUUUUCUUCUUUAUUUUUCUUUUCUUUUUUUCUUCGGAGUUCUGGGAAGAGGAAGGCGGUGGGUGGCGGUGGGUGGAUACGUAAAAGUUGCUUUGUUUCCAGAUGUUUUGUGAGUAUUUUGGGGGGUGGGAGUCUUGGAGAGAGUGGGCUGAGCUGCGCAUGUGGUCCGGCCAGCCUGAUCUUGGCUCGAUCGUCAGCCAACUCAUCGGUCGAUCUUUUUUGGGGAGUGCACACCCAAUCAUCAAUGUACGAUUGUUCCUUUUGGAAAAUUUUCCCCGCAUCGCAUCGCAUCACAAACGUCAAAGUUCAGCCUUUCAGCCUUUCAGCCUUGUCUCGUCUCCACCUCCCCGAUCUGUCCAUCAUCCCCCAGUGUUGUGACAACAGCCACGGCGGGAUUCGGCGCCCACCCUCCCGCUCGUCCGUCAGAAUUGGGGCGAGAGGUGUGCACGGUAUACCUACCGUCACCGCAUGCAUCACCAUUCGUCGCUCGCUCGUGCGUCCAUUCGUUCGUCCGUUCAUUCAUUCCAAACUUGAGGCACGAGAAACUUGUGGUCUGCAAUGCACACUGCACCACCUACCUCUUGGCCUACCUACCGACCUAUUGUGCACUUGUAUCGUACCGUCUCAUAUCGUCUUCCGUUGGACCGGAACUCGGAUCUCCGUCCGCGAAAGCCUAGCAAAUAUGUAUCUUAGGUAUGUAAUCAGUGGUUCGCAUCGCCAUUCUGUGCGAUCAAAUCGAAUCGCAAACCGCCGAAUCGUUUUUCGCGCGCGUGAGCGUGAGCAUCAAAACACUGCGCGAGGAGUCUCCGCCAGCCAUCCACAUAAGUAGCCUGUAGGUAGGUAGGUAGCUGCCCAUGCACCUUUUCUGCCUGUGUAACAGGUCUGUCGCCCGGACUAGAGCAGACACGGACUGGCUGUCGAUAUAUGUGAUCGGGGGUUGAAGCAAGAGAACGUUGCUGCUAGGGCUGGCGAUGAGGUUUGCGGGGUCACUGGGCUUGGUUUGGUUGCAUGGGUGGGUUGGUGGGUGGGUGUUCGCUGACUGGUAGGCUGGUCGUUAUGUUGGUCGGCGAUUAAAUGGCGGAUGUGAUUUGACGAAUGAACGGACGGGACCGGGCAGGUGGUUUAAACUUUACUCUAGAA